AUGACGACACCUGCGAGCAGUGUGUCACAAUCCUCGAAGAACUAGAAAACAUCGACGACGAUUGCGAAAGACACGGCAUCAAAUUCGUCAAAACACAAGAUCUCAGGAUAGCUGAGCAGUACGGAGCGACAGACUACCCGGUGCUGAUGUACUUCGAAAACGGCAUCGGGGGAGUUUUCGAAGGCGAUCUCGAAGAAGAGGAGGAGGUACUUCAGUGGCUGAUCCAACAGAGGACCGAAGACAGGAUAGAACUGAUCACGCGCGUCAUGCUGGAGAAGAUGGUGGAAGACACGCAGUACCUGGCCGUCUACUUCUACAAGCAGAACUGCCACAUCUGCGAGGAGAUUCUCGAGGAGUUGGAGCAGGUGGACGACGAAUGCGACGUGUACGGGAUCCACCUGGUGCGGAUACAAGAUCCGCAGCUGGCCAAGAGAUACAGCAUCAAAACGUUCCCCGCUCUGGUGUAUUUCCGGAACGGGAAUCCGUUGUUGUUCGAGGGGGACUUGCAGAAUGAGCAGUCGGUGUUGGAAUGGUUGAUAGACGAUGACAACAGGGAGCUGGAGGAUCAGAUCGAGUCGGUCAACGAGAGGAUGUUGAGUAGGCUCUUGAACGAGUCUCCGUUUCUGGCAGUUUUCUUUUACGAUGAAGACUGUCCAGAAUGCGAUAACAUCCUAGAAAAUCUGGAAGAAAUAGACGGUGAAGCAGAUUUAUUUGGAAUCGACUUCGUUAAGAUUUGUAGCGCGAACGCAGCGGCUGAACAAGGUUUGCAUACUCUCCCAGCUCUGAUGUACUUCCGAAAGAAGAAACCAAUGGUGUAUGACGGAGAUUUGACACAGGCAGAUAGAGUGCUUGACUGGUUAACAUCUCAAGACGUGUUCGAAAUCAAAAACGAAAUUGAAGAAGUUAAUAAGAAGAUGUUGGAGAAGCUUCUGGAAGAAAAUGAAUAUGUUACAGUAUUCUUUUAUGAAAUCAAUUCAGAAGACAGCAAAUCCAUACUGGAAAAACUGGAGAACAUAGACAGUGAAACAGACAACUUCGACAUUACUUUCGUCAAGAUGGCGGACGCAAGAUACGCAAGAAAAUGGGGCGUUACCAAUCUACCCGCGAUAGUUUAUUUCAGACGACGAUUCCCGAGUAUAUACAGAGGAGAUCUACAUUCCGAGGCCGACGUAUUGGAAUGGUUGAGAAAAAACCGUUUCCGCCAACCGGAACUCAACCUCUUUAUGUAUGCCCUUAUGGCAAUUAUUGUCGCAUUUAUCAUAUACACGGCGUUCCUACUUCAAUGCUUCAAAACUACACCAACGACCACAGUUGUGACGCAUACGAAGCAGAGUUAAUGAUUAGAAACAAAUUUCCAAAAUGAGGCACUCCCUUCUCGUGGAGGCACAUUAGCACCAUCAUCAGGGAUAAGACGAUGUUGACAAUAACUAAAUAUUGACUGUAACUAAAAGGAUUCUCAUAGUUCCUUGAUCACUCGUGAUAGUGGAACCCAGAGGUGAAACUGUGAAUUAAAAAUAACUUUUAGAAUAUUCAUACUCAAUCCGUUAAUGGUAAUUUUAAUUAUUGUCAACUCAAUGUAAAACAAUUCUCCCAUAUGCUGGACUUUCAGUUUUUGUUCUGCCGUUGUGAAAUUUAUGAUUUCAAGUCUAAGAUUCUCUUUUCGAAAGAUUUUUGAAUUCAGACAUUUCUGUACGGCAGAAAUAUUUUUCCAUUUUUGUGUAUUUAUUUCCUCAAUAAAUAUGAAGUUUGUCCAGAAAUUUUACUAUCAAAGAAGAAUGAAUGCCAUACUUGUUUCUUUUUUAGUAUAACUUUGUAGGUCGUUUCAUAUAAACGUGAAUUGAAAAGAAUUUUCAGCUUAGUUGGUGGCGUACAUAAUUUCCCAUAUUUCAUUAAUAUAGUUAUACAAAUAUCUAGAAGAAUGAGUUUGCCUUCGAUUCGAUAUGUUGAGUGGAAAAGUUAUUAGUUUUUGUUCAUUUCAAUAAAAUAUUUAGUAUUUAGAAAAUACUCCUUAAGUAGGUACUGAUAUUCAUCACUGAAUGGAUUACAUAAUCCUGGACCAAGUUUCAAACAAUCAUCAACUCCGAAGUGUUCAUCAGUAAAAACGUAAAUUAUGUUGUUUACAUACAUUAUACAAUCAUUCCCAAAGACUAAAGAGCAUGUACGUUGUGCAAAUACAAGAAUGAAAUAAAGGAAUGUAAAUCUUGUAAAUAAAACUGUAAAUACCACA